AUGGCGGGACUGCGGGACCAAAGAAAAACCCGCCAGUUCUGCGACGUCUUGUUCCGUGCGGCUGACGGUGCGGAGAUGUGGGCACAUCGAUUCGUAAUGUCCGCCAAGUUCUCUGGCUGCUACGCGCUCUUCACUCUCGCCAAGCAAGGCAUGAGUCCUGAGCAGAGGCGGAUGAACGAGUGGACCCCGCCCAUCUGUGCGGUGAUGGCAGACCUGGACAGCGACAUGACCGAGCUGCUCGUCGACUUCGCCUACCACACUCCGCUGCACGAGCGCAUCGGCCUGCAAAACGUGGCCAAGGCACUCGAACUCGCCGAAAAGCUAAAGGUCAGUGCUAGUGAACGCGUUCCUCGAAACUUCGUCCUGAGGAGCUAUUAUGCCUUCGACGAGUUUAAGCUGCUUUACAAGAAGAAGAAGAAGAAGAAGAAUGCGAAUUGGUGUUGGGUGCCUGUUAUUACGAUACUUCGGAUACGGGAUUACUGCCUGGACAUCUUCAAAAAGAACCUCGCCCCUGAGAGCUGCAUCGACACUUACCGCCUGGCCUCCAGCCGUGGAUACGAGUAUCUCGCCGCAGAAGCAUUUCGCUACCUAGUGCGGAACUUCGACGAGGUGUGGAGAAACAACGCCCAGUUCCAGGCUCUGACGCCAGAGGAGCUGCGCACCAUCCUGGAGGACGACCGGCUGCAUGCUCCCAGCGAGGUGGAGGACACGUUCAGCGCCAUUUUGAAGUGGAUCUCCGCCGACGUGGACGCGAGGAAGGCCUACCUGGCCAAGUUCCUACCGCUCGUGCGCUUCGCGCGCUGGUCCGUCACAGACUUCAAGAAAGUCGCCACCCAUCCACAAGUUGUGUGUGACGCAGACAGCGUGAAGGUGCUGAACGCGAUCCAUAAGACGCUCACCCGGCAGUUCAUGGCGGUGGGCGUAGUUGCCGGCGUUGACCUGUCGCCGAAGUUCUGGCUGAGGCCUCGCGUGCCCAAGGACAUCCUCUUCCUUUUCGGCGGCUGGACAGUGGGCGCGACCAACAACAUGCUCACGUACAACUGUCGCGCCGCCAAGUGGCGUGUAAUGGGCAGCCAGUACACCACGCCCAGGGCGUAUCACGGUGCCGCAGUGAUCAACCAGUGUAUCUACUUCGUGGGUGGCUUCGACGGCCGCGAGUGCUACCACUCGGUCGUCUGCUUCGACGUGCCCCUGGCCAGAUGGAGCGCCAAGGCGAACAUGGCGUUCGAGCGCUGCUACGUCAGCGUCGCCGUUCUCCAGGACCACAUCUACGCCAUGGGAGGUUUCGACGGCCACGUGCGCACAAACACAGUCGAGCGGUACGACGUCAACGCAAACCAGUGGUCCAUGGUGGCUAGCAUGAACGACGUCCGCAGUGACGCCAGCGCCGCUGUAGCUGGAGGACGCAUCUACAUAGUGGGAGGCUUCACGGGCCGCGUGGUCCUGGACACCGUGGAGUGUUACGACCCGUCGACCAACGCCUGGACACGGGUGUUAACAAUGUCCUCGCCCCGUAGUGGCCUCAAGGUGGUCGCCCACAAUGACACGCUCUACAUCAUCGGCGGAUACAACGGCAUCACCCGGCUCUCCUCCAGUACGCAUCUGUUCAUUGUAAUCGCUACCAUUCCUAAGCAUGGUCGUCGUCAGGUCUGAAGGUAGUAUUGAUGUCAUCAGAAAUUUCAACGG